AAAGAGCAGUGAUUGCUGCCUCUGAGAUGGUUCCGAUUUCAGUUAUGUUGUAGUGGGUCUUCUCUUGUUAUACCUUCCAGGCAGCAAGUGACUCUGGUGCCUUAGAGGAAACAGGCAGACCCGCCAGCUGUGAUUAAUCAAAGGGAUUUAACAUCAAUCCUCUCCUCUUCAAGGGGCUUGACUCCUUCCAUACGCCCAUUCACCCGCUACCUACGAGCAGGUAGAACAGAACUUUGAAUGCCUGCCUGCUUACUACCUGCCUUCCCCUCCCUCAAGGCAAGCGCUUCGACCUUUGGUGACCAUGCUUCUGAACCUUCCUACGGAGCUCAUACAAUGGGUUCUUCGAUCCUGUUCUACCCCAACUUUCCUACAGGCGGCAAUCUCAUGUCGUACCAUGUAUGAAAUUGCGACUAACUGUCGAGAGGUCCUUGUGCACCACCUACAACGAACUCCGGGGACUCUACCCGCAGACCUCCGUUCUAUGCAUGCCCAAGAGCUAUUCCAACUGCUUUUGAGACGAGCAUCGCAGCAACUAUAUGGUGCACAGUUUCAUGCGGACUGUGUCACUUUCAAGUCCUGGGCCAACUCCCUUAAUGUGACGGCAUCUGUAUUGGUCCCUAGGGAGUUCCUGACGCUCGCACUUGUUUUUCGAGAACAGGAAAGCAUCCAUCUUUUCCAGGUUUUAGGGGGUGGGCUCCGACCCCAAGCUCGCUUGGAGCUCCAGUGGUGUCGGCCAGGUGCUGUUGAAAUUCUUAAAACUGCCUUUGACGGCGAUGAUACAUUAUACAUACUCCAUCGCUUUAGACCUUCAGUGAACGACAGUGAUGAUUAUGCAAGGCAUCCGUUCGUCAGGCACGCCAUGCAGCUUGGGACUGAUACGACGGUCUAUCUCUCUCGAUGUUCAAUACAAUCUCCCCACGGCCCUAUUCGCAUUUGUGCUUUCCCUGAUCAUGCCGACUACGAGCCUUUGGCUCUGGCGGCUGCGCGCGGAGGCAUUUUCGCAAUUUCCUGGCAGAAAGCCCAGGACACCAGUGACCUCGAGGUAACUUUAUAUAUCUGUUCCUCUGAAUCCAACUGCGAUAUGAGGCCGGGGGUAAUCGAAACUAGCUACAAUUCUUGCGUCCUCCAUAGCAGCAAAAGACAGUGGUUUGACGGCCAUCGGGGCUUACAAGGCAGACUCGCUCGGGGUCUUCUUCCUUACGAUAACAGCUCUGUAGUAGGUCUUCGUUUCAACGACAAGUCCAGCCAGUUACUCUACUAUUAUCGCGCUCAGACGUUGUACGGCUCUUUCCAGAGAAUUGACAUGUCGUCCUUUCCCAUACAGCCCACAUUGUAUGAAAACUCCUGCCCUGUACAGUUCACAGACUCCCUUAGCCUUCUUUUCUCAAUCGAGGUUCCUUUCUUCGGGACCCAUCAAACUCAGGUCCUAGAUGGAUUCGCUCGUUGUCAAUGGAAAUACCUGGCUUUCGGCUUAGCAACUCAUCGCGAAGAACAAUGGACCGUUGCGUGCUUGUUGACAUCCGAAACAUUCUGUCGCGCACAGAAUUGUCAACAUGUCUUGCAACUUGAGCGUGGACGGCGAUUGCCUGAUUGGAGCGUCGUUGCACGCCUCUGGGGAUUCCAGCAUCCGACCAACUCCCUUGGUUGCAUAGUUGCAGCUUCAAGGCAGGGAACAAGGCUUGCAGUCGCCAACUGGAAAAUAAUCUAUGUUUGGGCUCUUGAGCCAAGUGCGCUAAUUGAAGAGAAUUCCAACGGAUUCUACCCACUCGCAUCACAAGCACAAGAUUCUGGCAUGAUUGAAUUACGACCCAUAGUAUUGUCGCUUGAAGCCGUCUGCUUUCAAUUGCAUUUCUCUGAGGAAGAAAAUGGAUUGAUAGCAAUCACAGAUAGGGGCGUCAUGUGCUGGGAUUUAGGUCCGCGGGGAAGAGGGCGACGACUGAUUCAGCAUAUUUGAUACUAGUCAAAUCCUGGGAGCAGUAUCUUUACUGACAUUCCAGUACAAACAAAGACAAACUAAGAGCUAUUGAUGGAACAUCUAUCCAGUAUUCAAUGCGAGACGGCCUCGGGUUCUUGUGUCAUGCAACAAACCGUCGCCCACU